GAGCUAUGUGUGCGAUCACUUGCCUAUCCAAAUGCUGCACGCGCAACACUGGUGGCGAUGACUACGCCUGGCGCUGGCCCAAGGAGCUGGGAUCCGCUGCUGGAGAAGGUAGCGCCCGACAGACGGAGCUUCCCAGGCCCCGAGCUUCUUGGCGAGCACUACGCAGCCGUGCGAACUGCGCUGGGGGGUGGAGUGCUGUUGGGUGUUAGCGCAGCUGCUCUGCUUGCGAGAUCGCUCCAAUGA